UUGUAUGUGUUUUCUGAUGCAAAUAAUAUAUCUAUAGGCCUAAUAAAUAACCUAACACCUAAAUCUUCAAGUUGUAAAUGAACGUCACUUUUACGCACACACGAGCAGCGCUGAUGUGUUUGGGAGAGCUUGGUUGGUUGCAAGGGAGCUGCAUUGUAAAGCGUGGGACAGAUUGGGGGUAGUGGUUCAUUAGCAUAUUAUUACCCCGGCAUGUGGCACUCCGUAUAAAACUGGCGGCAGGCGGCCUCGCUCCAGAUACAAACACACACUGUCCGCUGGAGAAGGACGUGAGGAGGGAUGCUGGACCAGUGACGAACUCUGGUUUAUAAUCAGACGAAGCAGGAACUAAAAGAAUACACACGAGCAUCUUUUCAACUUUUCUUCUCCGACUUCUUAGGAUUAUAUCAUUCCGACGGAAUUCAACAAGUCUUUAUAUUUCAAUCUGGGACUUUUCAGUUUGUUUUGGACACACUUUUUCGGGGAAGAACUGGGGAUUCUGUUGCUUUGUGCGCACUUGACAUGAAAGGGAACUGCAUUCACGCUCAGUCUCUUUUGAAAGCAAGCCUCUUCCAAUGAAUCAGUCGCAGAAAAGAAAAGGCUUUUAAUACGAGGGAUCCCCUGGCUGAUCUGGGAGCAUCCAAGUUGCUCAAAGACUUUCAAUAACCUAUUUAUUAAUUAUUUAUUCAUCAUGGGACGCUACUUACUGUUGCUCUUCUCCAUCAUGUACAUGCUGCUCUGCCAGGCGUCUUCCUCAGGCGUCUUCGAGCUGAAGUUGCAGGAGUUUUUGAACAAGAAGGGUGUGCAAGGCAACAAGAACUGCUGUAAAGGUGGACUGACCACACAGUACCAGCAGUGCGAUUGCAAGACUUUUUUCCGCAUCUGCUUGAAACAUUAUCAGCCCAAUGCUUCUCCAGAGCCGCCCUGCACCUACGGAGGCACCGUCACCCCCGUGCUGGGCUCCAACUCUUUCCAAGUGCCAGAUACCUUACCGGAUGGCUCUUUCACCAAUCCCAUCAGGAUGAAUUUCGGUUUCACGUGGCCGGGAACCUUUUCUCUUAUCAUCGAAGCAGUGCAUGCUGAUUCCAAAGAGGAUCUGACAACAGAAAACCCAGAGCGCAUCAUCAGUACCAUGACCACACAGCGGCACUUGACUGUGGGCGAGGACUGGUCCCAGGACCUGCACAGCGCGGGUCGAACCGAGCUCAAGUACUCCUACCGCUUUGUGUGUGACGAGCACUACUACGGCGAGGGAUGCUCUGUGUUCUGCCGGCCCAGAGAUGAUGCAUUCGGGCAUUUCACCUGCGGAGAACGUGGAGAAAUCAUCUGCGACGCCGGCUGGAAGGGCCAGUACUGCACAGAACCAAUUUGCCUCCCGGGAUGCGAUGAGGAGCACGGCUUCUGCGAGAAACCUGGAGAGUGCAAGUGCAGAGUGGGGUUUAAAGGCCGCUACUGUGAUGAGUGCAUACGUUACCCAGGGUGCCUUCAUGGAACCUGCCAGCAACCAUGGCAAUGCAACUGCCAGGAAGGCUGGGGUGGCCUCUUCUGCAACCAAGAUCUGAACUACUGCACACAUCAUAAGCCCUGCCUGAAUGGAGCCACUUGUAGCAACACCGGUCAGGGCAGCUACACCUGUUCCUGUCGGCCAGGGUUCGCAGGAGCCAGCUGUGAGAUCCAGGUCAAUGAAUGCACAGGAAACCCCUGCCGCAAUGGAGGAAGCUGCACUGACAUGGAGAACACCUACAGCUGUACCUGUCCUCCUGGCUUCUAUGGUAACAACUGUGAGCUUAGUGCCAUGACGUGUGCAGAUGGGCCAUGCUUUAAUGGUGGACGCUGUGCAGACAACCCUGACGGUGGGUACUUCUGCCAGUGUCCCACAGGAUUCGCAGGGUUCAACUGUGAGAAGAAGAUCGACCAUUGCUCCUCCAGUCCAUGCUCUAAUGGUGCACGCUGCGUCGACCUGGUGAACUCAUACCUGUGCCAGUGUCCUGAAGGGUUCACGGGUAUGAACUGUGAUCGUGCCGGGGAUGAGUGCUCGCUGUAUCCCUGCCAAAAUGGGGGGACUUGUCAGGAAGGGGCUAGCGGUUACAUCUGCACGUGCCCACCUGGAUACACCGGACGAAACUGCAGCUCACCUGUGAGCCGCUGUCAACACAACCCCUGCCAUAAUGGCGCCACCUGCCACGAGAGGAACAACCGCUACGUGUGCGCUUGCGUUCCGGGAUACGGAGGACGCAACUGCCAGUUCUUGCUUCCGGACAGAGCGUCCCAAAUUGGCAGCGACAUUCCCUGGACUGCUGUGGGAUCGGGAGUCCUGCUGGUGCUGUUGUUGGUAGUUGCAUGCGCCGUGGUGGUGGUUUGCGUUCGCUCGAAGGUUCAGCAGCGCCGAAGGGAUAGGGAGGAGGAGGUCGCCAAUGGGGAAAACGAAACGAUCAACAACCUCACAAACAACUGUCACCGUGACAAAGACCUGGCCGUAAGUGUCAUCGGGGGAGCACCUUUAAAGAACAUCAACAAGAAGAUUGAUUUUCACAGUGAUCACGAAGACUUGAGCAUGAAAACUGAGAAGGAGAAGAGGAGCUAUAAGACACGACAAGCGCCUGCAGACUACAACCUGGUGCAUGAAGUAAAAUACGAGAUGAAGCAUGAGGUGAAACUGGAGCACGCUGGGAAGGAGAUGGCGGCAAAGGAGUUGUCCGAGAGCUGCGAUGACGUGAAGUGCCAAUCUCUGCUGGAUUCUUCUGAAUUUGAGGAGAAGCGCAGGAAACGUCUGAAAAGUGAUGCAUCAGAAAAGUCCAAAUAUUCAGAGUCGAGGUAUUCUGAAUCAAAGUACUCAGAAUCAAAGUACUCAGAAUCAAAGUAUUCAGAAUCAAAGUAUUCCGAUUCGCUGUAUUCCGAGCCAGCAUGUGCGUCGGCAUGUGCAUCAGCAUCCACGUCGGCUUGUGUCGACACCAAAUACAAAUCCGUCAUGGUGAUGUCGGAGGAAAAAGAUGAAUGUGUAAUCGCAACUGAGGUGUAAUGGGCCUGCAGGAAGCCGAUGCUCAUUCUGUCCUAUGGGAGACAUUUUGAACUCCCUCAGAAAAUGCUGCUGCUCGAAACCUGGUGGAAAUGUCCCACCUCAUGACUACUGCUGCUGAGAAACUAAGACUGAUUAACUGAUAUUCAGGAUGAGCUGGUUCUCUGUACUGAAAGAAGCACAGGCAGUGGCGGCCUGUAGGCUUGGAAACUUGCGGAAAUGAUAAUGGUGGCAGGAGUUUCGUUCAAAUUUCAAAUGUAGUUGUAAAAUUGACCUGUAAAGCCAUUUUUAAGGUGUUGGACAAUAUGUGUCCAUAUUUAAAUAUUUUUUUAACGUGGGUUCAUCACACGAAAAUGGCAUUAGGAAAGAAGUAACAGAAAGAGAAUACAAGAAAAGUAUCGCAGUGUUUUGCCAUGUGAUGUCCAAUAAUGUGUCAGCACUGUGGCAACGUUUUAGCAAUAUUUUGGCAACAUUUGCUGGUUUUUCCGCCAAUAAUUCCCACAGGCUUUUACUGUGCCCAGAGACUGCACCAAACAUUAAGGAUGUUAAGGACGUAGUUUAAAAUAAAUGUGCCACAAAUUGUUUUGCCAAUGACUGUCUCUGUGACACCGUGGCAAAGUUGUGGUAACAUUUUAGCAAUAUUUUGGCAACAUUUGCUGGCCCCACAAGUCAGUGUACAAGGGACGGUGGAUGUUCAGCCAUACUGGCCUGUCUUGCACUGGAUUAAAAUGUCACAUGAUGUCAUAUCCUGUCACAUGACCAGUGGAAUCUAUGUGUAAGUGCUCAAAAAAAAAUAAUCUCAAAGAAAAUAUCUCAAAGUCUUCCAAGCCUCCUUUUUUUUGCAUUAUGGUUUAGAAAAUGUAUGUAAUUUUUUUUUCUACGUAAAAAAAUAUGUUUUGUGUUGUUGAUGAUGAUUAAUAUCCUUGUUUAUAUGUUUUUUAUUUUCCUUUUAUAACAAGAGUUGUAUGAUUUAAGUUAAUUUAUUUUUAUUUAAGUGUAUUUCUAAAUAUUUGUAAUGUUUUCAAGAUUAUUUAAGUUUGCGUUUUUCCUAAGUUGUUCCUGUUACUUGCAAAGGCACUUCGGGAUUGCUGGGAUGUUUUGAGAAAAAGUUAUUUAAAGAAGGAUUGUAAAAAAAUGUUUUUAAUGCUAUUGUUUUCAUUAACAGGCUUUUGUUUGGUUCUCUUCUGAAUGAAGUUUUAGCUUAAAUUAUUUUUCCAAAUAAAGAUUAUGAACUAUCAAAA